UAGCCUAAUGUGUAUAUAUAUUAUUAUGCAAUAUAGCAGACAGGGUAGAGGAGGUGUUCUAGUAACUUCCACAUCAGUGACGUGUGGAAGAGUCACCGUCCAGCGAAUGCGUCCAGGCAGCGACAGCCCAGACAGCUCGAGCUCACCGGGUGGACGGAAUCCGCCGAAAACUGCGUCAAUCGAAAUCAAUGGAUUUUCAACAGUAUCAACAUAUAACUAGUCUGUUCUGCAGGAGACUGAACAUCUUCAGUACGGCUGUGACAUCAUUAACUGGCUGACGGGCUGUCCGUCAUGAAGAAACGAGCCAAAUCGACCAAUAAGGUGCUGGAGGAGGAGGAGUCUCUGUGCUGCUGUGAGUAUGUGGACAGACAUGGGAGGCAGAGCCACGUGGCAGCCUGCUGUUGUGAGUGUGACGACCUGGAUGAGGCCUGUGACAGAUGGUUAAAGAAGGAGCCUCAGAAGCCGGACUCCAUGUCCCGUCUGAUCAACACCGUCUCCGACCGUGUCCGUGUUCCCUGGCUGUGGGGCGGAGCCAGGCGGGCGGACCUGUCUGUGGUCCCGCCUCUCGUGUUACUUCCUGUCUUCCUGCACCUGGCAGCCCUUCACCCGUUGCUGGGGGUGAUAGUACUGACUGCCCUGCCGGUACUGGUGUUGUGGUACUACUACAUCACCCACCGCAAGAAGGGCCGCACCCUCUUCUUCCUAAGCCUGGCGCUGUUCUCCCUGGCCUACAUGUACUUCCUGUUCCUCACGGAGGUGUACUGGCGCGGGGACACGGGGCCGUUCCAGCUGGGGGUGGUGACUCUGGGGGUGGCCCUCACGCUGGUGGCCCUGCACCACACCAAGAGACAGCCAGGCUACGUACGGCCCAGCCCCGCCCACGCACACAGCACGGUGACCUAUCACAGCCCUCCGCCGGACAGAGAUCCGGCCCUCAACGGAGCUCAUGAGGUCGUGAUAGCCCAUCGGGCGGGGUCGUCCGAGCUGCCCGAGGAGGAGAUGAAGCAGAGGGAGGGGGGGCCGGGGGGGCAGGGGGGCUGGUGCUCCGUCUGCAGGCUGCUCCGCCCUCCCAGGGCGGGCCACUGCAGGAUCUGUGGGCUCUGCGUCUUGAGGAUGGACCACCACUGUGUCUGGAUAAACAACUGUGUGGGACAGGCCAAUCAUCACAGCUUCCUGCUGACGCUCCUCCUCUUCCUGUUGACCUCUCUGUACGGGGUCAGCCUGGUACUGCAAAGCGUGUGUCCGCGACAGAACGUCCUGACCGCCUUGCUCUACUGCCCUGGGGUCUACAACCAAUACAGCUCUGCGCUGUGCUUCACCUGUGCCUGGUACAGUAGCAUGGUGACAGGAGGGAUGCUGCACCUGCUGGUCCUCCAGCUGCUGAACGUCAGCUCCAACGUGACAGAACGGGAGGCCCGCAUGGCCCUGAGGGACAACACGGCUCGCAGGCAUCUCUGGGGCCUCAUCGUUGACACCGGGGUCUACUCCCGUGGUUUCCGCAGCAACUGGGUGGAGUUUCUAACCAUGAACCACCUCCCGCCCUCCACCAGCCAUACUGACUUGGUCUAGAGAAGUGUGACCGGAAAUGAAAGGACGGACCUUUUUUUGAGCUGUUGCUGCAGUUCUGAUUAUCACCACAGGGUGGCAGCAUGGCAGCAUAGCAGGGAUGACAGUCCACUCUCCUCCAGCUUGGCCAGACCGCCCGUACAGCUACACCACACGAGACACUAUAGGCUAAGGCCAGGCCAACACUGUCUUGUGAAGAAUAGCCAACACGUCUGUCCGUGACCUUGAACCACAUGACAACAGACCAUAAUGAUCUGCCACCGGUUACAGGAAUGACUGACACCUGCAAUCUCCAGCCUCCAUCUUUGUCUGUCCUACUGACCUUUUCCUCUCCUCUCCCCGCACCGUUCACCUAUCUCUCCAUCGAUCUCUCCAUCUUCCACACACCAGCUCCUCAUCAUUCAUGGCCACAUUCUUUCUCCCUGAGUUCUGGGUGCCUUGUUAGGUUUGUGACCAAAAAUGGAGCCCCAGGGCUCUUUGGAAGACUGAUUAAUGCUCCUGCAUGAAGGCGUAGCUGAGUAUUUCCAUGUGAAGUUUGCGUUCUCAUCAGAAAUAAACAGGUUGUGUGUUUUCGUCACAAACAGAAUCACA